CCGCUCCGGCUAGGCCUGGCCCAUACCGCGGCGAUGUAGGCGAGUCCGUGCUCCCCCCCAAGCCCUCGACCACUGCAGUGGCCGCUUUCCCCCCUCCGCCCUCCUCGUCCACGGCGCUCGCCCCGCCGCCAGGCUGCUCGCCGCCGUCGCUCUCGCCGACGGUGAUGUCGUCUUCGGAGCUGCGCCUGCGCCCCGCCACCCCCUUCUCCGGCGACCUUCCCGCGGACGAGCUGUGCGAGGUCCUCCUUCGCCUCCCGGCCAAGGAGCUCUGCCGCCUCCGCGCUGUCUGCCCCGCCUGGCGCGCCCUCACCUCCGACCCGCUCUUCAUCGCGGCGCACAAGUCCCGCCACCGCACGGCGCCCCCGCUCCUCGCCAUGGCCUACCGCGACGACAGUGGGGUCAACGGCGUUGAGAUUUCGGAUUUGUCCGGCAAUGUGGUGAAGCGGAUACCAGGCGCCGGGUAUGAAAUUGUUCUGGUGGACGGGUUGUCAGGGGUUGCCGGUGGGCGGAUGUCAAGCAAGGACGAUACCAUCCGUGUUGCGCGCACGCGGCUUGACCUUGUCUGUUUCAACUGGAGGUUCUGCUCUGGAGACUUCUGGGUGCUGAACCCGGCCACCGGAGAUACCAUCACCUUGCCGAUGGGCUUCUCGGAGGAAUUGGCGCAUGAGCUAGAGGUGGAGGGGAUAAAGGAAUGGUGCUGCGGAGUCGAGUGGUGUGCUUUUGGGCAGGUCUCCUCUACAAGAGAGUACAAGGCGCUCCGCGUUUCUGACAUUGGUGAUCGGAAGGUAUGUGAGGUUAUCACCUUUGAUGCCGCCAACCAUGGAAACUGGAGAAAGCAGAACCCUCCAUCGGCCCACAUCUUUGCCAGUCUCAAGAUGAGGUCAUUGAAAUGCGUGGUCGUCGAUGGGGUGGUGUACUUCUUACUGGACUUCUACUCCACGUAUCAUGAAACUGGAGUUAUGACCAUUGAACCUGGCAGUGUAGCUUUGUUCAACCUCGAAACAGAGGAGUGGGGUAUUCUGCGUGGUCCAGAACAGGUGCAGAGGUUUGUACAAGAGAAUGACAUUUCUGGUUACUUAGAACUUGAACUCCAGUUAUCAUUGGCUGAGUUGAACGGCUGCUUAGUUAUGGUUCAUAAUAUUUAUAAGGUAUCUAUGGACUUGUGGUUUUUGACAGAUUUUGACAAAGGUAUCUGGGUUAAGAAAUACAGCAUGCCUUCACAUGUUGCUAGGUUUGGCAAUCCUUUUCUGAUGUUAGAUGAUGGGAGAAUUUUCUUCAAUCGGUUGGAUUAUGGACUAGGUUUCUUUAGUGCUGGAGAGCAUGGUGAGGGAUUUCUGCAAAGUUAUGAUCCAACAAAUGACACUUCUGGUGAGGCACUAAAACUGAAAGAGUCCAAAUCCAUUGGCGUUUACACAGGAAGCCUGCUGAGUUUAUAGAGUAGCUGUCAGUAAUGAGGUGAAUAAUGCAUCGAACUGGCUGGUCACCUUAUGUUGUAUAUGUGAACAAUUAGUGAGAGAAUGUUCUGAUGCAUGCAUUGAUGAAAAUGUAAGUGUGCGUUCAAAGUAUGUUAUGUUAAUCUCUGAUGCAUUUUGCAUCAGAAGAUCUGCAGUUUUUUGUUCGUUUCAUUUUGUAUGGCAAUUUCAGGAGUUUGGUCAAUGAGUUGCUAUAUAUAUUGCUAUGGUCAGAUUGUAAUAAACAAGCUUUUGAAUGUGGUGUUUCAAAAUAUAAUACUCUGCUCCUUGUGCAACA